AUGCAUCAGCAUCCACGCCCGUCGCCUCGCAGCGCUUCUGCUGCGAGCAAUCCAUCCACCAACCCAGAGCGAACCAACAACCCGAGAGAUCGACCUCCCACCCGCACGAGAUCGAGCGUCGACCUGGCCUCUUACACAGAAAGAGCGAACGCGGAAGCAGCGGCGGAGAGUAGUAGACAGCCCAGUGCCUCAAGUGGUGAGGACCGAGAAGCAACGAAGCUCAACCAGAUCAUACAACAUUUCCACAACAAAGCAGCCCUGACCAUCUGCUCCUCGCGAGCCAAUCUGCCUCAGGUGUACACCAAGAACGGAGACAUAAAACAGAAUCGAUGGUUCAAUGUCAUUCUUGACGAUACUGACGUCCUGUCGGAGGAUCUCCAGUCCUGGAAACGACCCGACCUGGCUGACCGGAAGCCCUUGCCACUGGUGAUCGAGGUAUUCGUAGAUACGUCGCAUCUUUCGCAGAACCAGGCUUUAGUAUCCAUCGGUGAUGACGGGAAGCGCUGGGAUGUCGCUGAUGCGCUUGCAUCUUCGGCUGACUCCAGUCCCCGGCCAGCAAGAAACGGAGCGCGUUAUUGCGAGGUAGUACUGGAGCGCUGGACUAUUCAGCUGGGCGAUGCCGAGGACUAUUCAUCUGCGGAGCUCGGUGAUGCGCUUCCAAAUGUCUACAAAAAAGGCGUAGUACUUUUCAGGUCAUUGUACAGCUUCACUCGGUUUCUGCCUGCUUGGAAACUCCACCGAAAGUUGACUAGACAGCCUGGCAAUCAUCAAGCGCUGAGGUUGCGCUUCCGUAUCAAGCAUGGACACAGCGUGGCGCCCGGUCGUCAGGACUCACUGUAUACCGCUCUGAACGCUUCAGAGUCGGCGACAGGCGCUUGUGCAGAGCGUUACGAGAUACCGCCAUUGCUUUGUCGCAGCGGACCACUGUCGAUAUCGGUCGAUUAUCGGACGAGCUGUGACUUCAACGUUGCCGAUGCAGAGGCUCUUCUUUCGUCGCGCUUCCUGGGUCUGGACGAGGGUGUACCGGCUAUGCCUGCUGGAAGAUCACUGCCUGGUCCACGCAGUGAGCAGUCCCGUGUCCAGUAUAGUAGCAUGGCUGGUGCUAUCGGAGAGCAGCGUGCUCGUGUAGGCGCUUACGGUAGCCUGGGUACAUUCCACGCAGCUGAGAAGCGAGGGUCGCCAGUUUCUGAGCUUAAGCAGCGCGUGCUUGAUGAGGACAGCAGCAGCAUGGAAAGUCGAAAAGGCAAGGAGAGAGGCGUUGGGAUCUCCCGAGAACCGUCCUUGAACUUGAAGAGCAAUCCGCCUUUCAAAUCUGGCUCCCUGGCGUCUUCUCCACGCCCGUCACCAUCGCCCGGCACUUCUGCUGGCAGAUCUGAAUCAAACUUCAUGCGACUUGCUGGCACUUCAAGCAGUAGCAAGAGAGUCUCAUUGAAUACUCUUCCACAGCAAGCGCUGCGCGCGCCACCUAUACCAAGCGAGACAGCCAUUGCGAGUUCGGGUUCGGCGUCGCCGAAGCCAGCACCAGUACACCGAUACAGCAGCAGUUUCGCAGGACGAACGAAGCGAUACACAGCGCAAAGCAGCAAAACGGGAGAAAGCGCUGGAAGCUCCGGCCGCGCAAGCAGUGGUUCGAACAAAGACAGAUCAAGCAAUCUCGCAUUGCCUGACGGCAGCAGUCCUUCGGCACAGCUCUACCCGGCAUCCGACGACAACGAUGAUAUUGCAUCGUUCAUCUCUCAAAUCGAAAGAGCCAAGGACCUCCCGAGUCUCCGCUCGCGUCCAGCUUCUCGCGAUAACACCGUGAAUUUGGCCAAGUACAGCAGCAUGAGAGAUCCCAACACACAAUUGGCCGAGGAGAUGAGCUCCUCCUCGCUCAUACAAACUUCUUCAGCAACGCCUCCCAGUCGUCGGUUGUCGAAUGUGCCUGGUCUGUCGACUUCGUCAUCGCCGUCUCGUGCUUUGACGCAUGCACCACACGUUCGCUCGAGGCUCUCUACACACAGUAUCGCUGAGGAGGUCAGUGGCUCGUCAAGAGUCUCGGGUGAAGGUUCGGAUAGUCCAAAGAUUCACGAAGAGGACGAGGAGGAAGAGGAUGAAGAACCUCUGCUCUUUGCUCAGGAUAUUGUUUAA